UGUUUUCUUGCCAUGGUAUGACAUUUCAAAUUGACAGCUCUUGUCAUUUUCGUGUUUACUGUUUUGCCUAGUUUGUGCAACUUUCUUUUCUUUCUAUAUUAAAAUAACAUCUAUUUAACGAAAUGGCCCGUUAUUUUAAAGAACAAGACAUUGACGAGUUCCGUGAAUGUUUCUACCUAUUUGCGAGGUCUGGUCAGAUCACCUCCCUGGAUGAGCUGACGGUGGUCAUGAGGUCUUUAGGAAUGAGCCCUACUAUUCAGGAGUUGGCAGGUUACCUCAAAGGCAAAGGUGGCAAGAUGUCAUUUGCCGACUUCUUGGAAGUGAUGCACAUACAUUCUCGGGCUGAAAACCUGCCCACUGAGGUGGUCAAUGCAUUCAAAGCAGCUGAUGUGGAGAAGAAAGGAGUGAUACCGGCGCGGCAACUGCGCAACCUGCUGCAGAAUUGGGGCGAGGGACUGUCUGCAAGAGAGGUGGAUAAUAUAUUUCGUGAAGCAAAUGUGACUACGAACGGAAUCGUUCGUUACGAAGACUUCGUGAAGAUAGCCUGCGCUCCCGUUCCAGACUACUACUAAUGUUCAGACGUGGGCGCCGGUAGAGGGGUGCAAGUGCACGUGCCCUGCCCAGAAAUAAAUCACAAAAUAUAAGUCACUUAAUAGAUUUGCAACACUGGGAACUAUCGACCAUAGAUUUUUUGAUGAUGAGAAUUUUCAAAAACAAAAUUAGAAUUUGAAAAAAUAAACUUAAUGCUAUUAUAUAGCAUAGUGAGUAGGUGCAGAUGCACCUCUCUAAAGCUAAGCUUAACGGCGCCCAUGUAUUUAUACAUAAUAUUGAGUUCUUAUUAAAGAAGGAAUCGAGCAGCUUUUUAUUAGUUUUAAUAUUUAUCAAAAUUAGCUCUAACUUAAAUAAGGUGUAAGUUGGUAUUGGUUAAAGAUCAGAGUAUUGUGACGUCAGCGCCAUUGCGGUGCGCGCGUGUGAGCGAGAUACACUCACUGCGCGUCCACUUUACUCAUAGCUCAAUACAAAUUACUAUCGCAUUUUUCAAAUCAUUUUGAUCCUUAUUUGUAUUCUAUAUGAAGGUUUAUUUUAGAUAUUUGUUAAUUAUACAGAAAUGUUAAUUAUGAAUAUAACUUUAUAGCAUUCCAAUAAAAUUGCCGUCCGAAUUAACUAUGUACUAACAUUAUUAACAUGAUUGAAAUAAAACAAAUAUUUAUUUAAAA